UGACUUCAACAUUUAAAGGCAAAAACAUAUAAAAAAUUGGACUGCUGCUUCGAUUAAUUUUAUAAUGACAACGUUUCUCAAACAUGGCCAGCUAAUUGAAGGCACGGAAACUCUCUCCGUGUUUAGAAUAAAACUCUCAGAUAGAAUUGAACUGUGCCCCUUUUCAUUCCCUACAAAUGAGUGGGAGGAUUUUUCUAGUGAUUUUCUUCUUCUGGGCUCUCCUCGCAAUUGUCACCCCCACGCUUGUUCUCUUGUCAGAAUCUUCAAAACCAUACUUGGAUGAUGUUGAGAAGAGUGAAGGAUUACUGAAGCUUAGGAGAAUGAUGGGAAACUUGGAGAAACAACCAAGAGUAGAAGAAAUAGCCAUGGCACCAAUUUUGCAGGCGCCGACACCAGCUCCAGACCCGGAGCCAGAUUCUGGAAUCCGAGAGGCUAUUUUGACAAGGGUUCUUAAGAAUGGAUGAGGCUGGUGACCAGACUUGUUCUCGUGGCUAUGGAGGUUUGAUUUCAGAUUCUUUGGUUAUUUAAACAAACUCCUUUGAGGCUCUAAUCUUAUUCGAUUGUCAUCGAAAGAAUCGAGUGUAAAAGUUGAAGGCGGAACUUGUAUACACACAC